AUGGACUACCAAUAUAACAACGCGAACGGGAAUGGCGGGGACUACCAGCAAGCAAACUCGUAUCAGCCCGACUACCAACAACAUGGAGUUCCCUACGCCAAUCAAUAUCCUCCACCAUCACCGGUGAGGGGAUCGUUCCAAGGCUCUGCAACGAAUUCAAUGAACGGCCAAACAUACGAUGAACAGAUCCCGCUCAAAGCAGCCAACGAAGGGAGUGGAGGAUAUCCUUACCCCAGCUCGGCGGCGGCAGGUGCUGGGAGGAAGAAGAAAGGCUGGAUAUGGCUCGCAGUCAUUGCAGCAAUCAUCGUCAUCGCCCUUGCGGUCAUCCUGCCCGUCUACUUCACCGUCAUCAAGAAGGACGACGCCUCGGAUAACUCGGACAGCGACAGCUCGACAGGGACCUCCUCUGCACGACCGUCAGCAAGUGCGUCUGCGUCUCCUGAAACGCCUCAACGCUUGACUCGAGGCGGUGACGGAUCGGAGAUUACCAUGGAGAAUGGAACAACCUUCACUUACAGGAAUCCUUUCGGUGGUUUCUGGGUGCAAGACCCAGAGGAUCCUUUCAAUCUCGACGCUCAAUGCAACGACUACACUCCUCCCUUGAACACCACCUGGCGCUGGGGCGUCGACCGCGUCUAUGGUGUCAAUCUUGGUGGUCUCUUUGUUCUCGAACCAUUCAUCUCGCCUGAGAUCUUCCAACGAUAUCCCGGGACGGAAGACGAGUACGACCUCACCGCUGCCAUGCGUGAGGCCGGUACACUGGAUGAAGAGAUGGAGGAACACUAUAACACCUUCAUCACCGAACAAGAUAUCGCCGAAAUUGCGGGUGCCGGAUUGAAUUGGCUGCGGGUACCGAUAGGUUUCUGGGCAAUCGAGACUUACGAGAGCGAGCCUUUCCUUGAGCGAACUUCGUGGAGAUACUUCCUUCGUAUCGUCGAAUGGUGUCGCAAGUACGGAUUGAGGAUCUACCUCGACCUGCACGCAGCGCCCGGAUCUCAAAACGGCCUCAACCACUCUGCUCGACUCCGUUUCCAAAGCUUGCUUCGCAACGACAUGGGAAUUGCCAACGCAGAGCGAACGAUCUACUACCUUCGUGUCUUCGCCCAGUUCAUCUCGCAACCUGAGUACCGCAACGUUAUCCCCAUGCUUGGCCUCGUCAACGAACCAGAGUCGCGUGACACUGGAAUGGACACGUUGAAGAGCUGGUACUUGGAAGCCUACAACGUCAUCCGCGAAGCCACUGGGUACGGUGAGGGUAAUGGACCAUAUCUCGCUGUCGGUGAUGGAUUCCGAUCCGCUUUGGAAUGGGAGCCCUUGAUGCCUGGCGCUGAUAGGUUCAUCAUGGAUAUCCACCCCUACGUCGCGUUCGACGAAGGAUCCAGGGCAGAUCCUUUGGAUGUGCCCGCCGCUGACGGUGAGAUGGGCGGCGUUUGGCCUACCGUUGCUUGUGAGCGAUGGGGAACCUACUUCAACGAUACUCGACGAGCUCUUGGCGUUACCGUAGGAGGAGAGUUCUCAGCUGCUGUCAACGACUGUGGCUUCUGGAUGCGAGCUGUUGGCAUUGAUUCUUUCCACCCCCAGUGUGAUCUCUACAACGCCUGGGAGGAUUGGAGUGAGGACAUGGUUCAGGGUCUCUACAACUUUGUCCUUGCCAGUUUCGAUGCCAUCGGUGAUUUCUUCUUCUGGACUUGGAAGAUUGGACCUACCCAAGCAGGCCGUGUCGAAACUCCCAUGUGGUCUUACAAGCUCGGUCUCGAAAAUGGUUGGAUCCCUCGCGACCCCCGCGUCGCACUCGGCAAGUGCGCAGCUCUCGGUGUCGCAAUGGCGCCCUUCGACGGUCAAUUCCAGCCCCACCAAACGGGUGCCGUCGCGCAGCCCACCAUCCCCGCGGACUACGCCGCCACGUACCCCUGGCCUCCUCUCGAGAUUGACGGUGCCCAGCUCCCAAUUGAGAGCCUGCCGAGGUAUACGAGCGUUGGUCCGGCCAUUACGCUGCCUGUCCCUACGUAUACUGGUGCGCCCGCGGAGAUGACGCAGGACGUGGAUGGAUGGACGAAUGAUGCUGAUACGAGGGGUGCGAUUGGGCCUGUUCCUGGGUGCAACUACCCUGAUCCUUAUGUGGGCACGUACGCUGUGCUGCCUACUGGAGCUGCCUGCGGUGUUGCGGCGUAG